GGGGGAUUGCGGCGGCUGCGCGAAGGAUCUAGGCACCUGCCCGGGCUCGCGCUUCGCGACUGAGCCGGGGCUGCGGGGAUCGCUGCUCAGGCCGCGCAGUUCACGCAGUUUCCAGUGGGGAGGUGCCGCCGCCAUUGCCGCCUCGCUCGGUGAGCGCGGCUCCGCUCGCCGAGCUGGGCCUCCGCGGGCCGCCGGCACCAUGGGCCAGUGCGGCAUCACCUCCUCUAAGACCGUGCUCGUCUUUCUCAACCUCAUCUUCUGGGGAGCAGCUGGCAUUUUAUGCUACGUGGGAGCCUAUGUCUUCAUCACUUAUGAUGACUAUGACCACUUCUUUGAAGAUGUGUACACUCUCAUCCCUGCUGUAGUGAUCAUAGCUGUAGGAGCCCUGCUUUUCAUUAUUGGACUAAUUGGCUGCUGUGCCACAAUCCGGGAAAGCCACUGCGGACUUGCCACGUUUGUUAUCAUCCUUCUCUUGGUUUUUGUCACGGAAGUCGUUGUAGUGGUUUUGGGAUACGUUUACAGAGCAAAGGUGGAAAAUGAGGUUGAUCGCAGCAUUCAGAAAGUGUAUAAGACCUACAAUGGAACCAGCCCUGAUGCUGCUAGCCGGGCUAUUGAUUAUGUACAACGACAGCUGCACUGUUGUGGAAUUCACAACUACUCAGACUGGGAAAAUACAGACUGGUUCAAAGAAACCAAAAACCAGAGUGUCCCUCUUAGCUGUUGCAGAGAGACUGCCAGCAGCUGCAAUGGCAGCCUGGCCCACCCCUCUGACCUCUAUGCUGAGGGGUGUGAGGCUCUGGUUGUGAAGAAGCUACAAGAAAUCAUGAUGCAUGUUAUCUGGGCAGCACUGGCAUUUGCAGCUAUUCAGCUGCUGGGCAUGCUGUGUGCAUGCAUCGUGUUGUGCAGAAGGAGUAGAGACCCUGCUUAUGAGCUCCUCAUCACCGGUGGAACCUAUGCAUAGUAGAAAAUUCAAACCUGAGCUUUUUGGUCUUGUUUUUCUGGUUUGGAAGGUGAAUUGAGCAGGUCUGCUGCUGUUGGCCUCCUGAGUUCAUUUAGUUAAAGCACAUGCACACUGGUUUGGACAAAGCAGCUUGGCUCUUCAUGUACCUACUUUUUUAUGUACCUUUUACCUACUUAUCCUCGACUUUCUUUUCCCUCGUUCUAGCUGCCUCUCCAUGUCCCUAAGUUUUUCAAGUAUCGUGGUAAAUGUUCUAAUUUCAGAACCAUUUGCGAGUUGUGUAGUGUGGUAGAAUUGAAAGAGGAUGUGGGCCUGCUUUUGUUACCUCAAAUUAAUGGGACUAUCACCAGAUCCUUUCAGUCUUUACAAUUAGAAUUCUUGGCCAAAGGUUUUGGGAGAAGGGGGAGGAAGCCAGCUCUCUGGUUGAACUUAACACCAGAUGGUGCCCUCUCAUCAGUGUCCUUUAAAAAUAUAUAUAUAUUCCAUAGUCCAUAAGAUAGCAAUUGUAUAAAAUGGCUAAAAUAGACUUUAGAAUCAUGUGGUGUAUAUCUUGGUUCAUCUUCAAAAUCAGAGACUGAUCUUUUGAAACUUGUGGUUUUUAAUCAAAGCUGGCUUUAUAGGAGGAAUAUAAUGUAUGCACUACUGUUUUAAAACAAUUAGUGUGAGUACGUGUGUUUUUGUAUGAUUGAGCCCUGUUCAUCGUAAGUCUUAAACUCAUUUGAAAAUAAUGUACCCAUAUAGACUAGCAGAAUAGUAUGUAGAUGUGAUCUCAGUUGUAAAUAGAAAAAUCUAAUUCAAUAAACUCUGUAUCAUCCCUCAA